CUGAUUGAGUGACGCAAAUAGGAUUCUAAAUAUCGAUUUAUCUGUAAAUUUCGAUUGUGAAGGUUAUAGAGAGUAAGGAAUAGCAAUGCAUGUAACUUUUAUUGUUGUAGAUUGAAGGGAUUGCGUCAGUAUAAGAUCUUGCUUCUUUUCCCCCAUUUUCUGCUAUCAAGCAUGAAACUCUUUUCCCUUGAAUAAUCAUAAGUACACCUGCUUAUAUAUACAAAAUGGUAUCUAAUUUCACAUUCUUAGCAUUCAUUGCUUUAGCUAUACUACCCAUACAAACACUCGCAUUCCCUGCUAAAGCUUUCGAGGCAACUGCUAUGAACUCAAAAAUCGCUUCCUUAGCCAAAGCUGCAUAUGAAAAAAGACGUGCAAAACGGAGUUCACCUGGUUUCAAUGCUGCUGCUCAAAUUAUAGAUGUAUCCGGGGAGCAUGCAUUUGUACCUCCUGGCCCCAAAGAUAUGCGAGGUCCUUGCCCAGGCUUGAACGCGUUGGCGAACCAUGGCUUUCUACCUCACAACGGAUUUGCUACCAUUUCCCAAAUGAUAAAGGCUAAUGAGGAAGUAUUUGGAAUGGGAGCAGAUUUGGCUAUAUUUCUCACUGUCUACGGCCUUGUCAUGGACGGCAACCCCCUCUCUCUUAAUCCGGGUUGGAGCAUUGGUGGAAGCCCCACUCAAGGACAAAAUAUCCUCGACAACCUUUUCGGUCUACUAGGUUCCCCCCAAGGUCUAAUCGGUUCACACAAUAAAUAUGAAGGCGAUACCUCACCCACUCGCGGCGACCUUUUCGUCUACGGCAACGCCUGGGUCCUUCAAAUGCCUCAUUUUCAAGAAAUGUUCGAUUUGCAACCAGAUAAAGAGACUGCGAAUUACGACAUUGGGGUCAUGUCGCAGCUUCGCCAAAUCACUUUCGAGAGAAGCGUCCGCACGAAUCCGUAUUUCUUCUAUGGUCCUUUUGUGGGCAUGGCGGUCAGUAACGCGGCGCAGAGUUUUAUUUUCAGAUUCAUGGCAAAUCAUACUGCGCAGCAUCCUGAAGGGAUCUUAGAUCAAUUCAAUCUGAAGAGUUUCUUUGGGGUCACGGGAGAGACUGGAAAUUUCGAAAAGAAAGAUGGUUGGGAACGUAUUCCACCUGGUUGGGGACGACGAGCUAUCGGUGAUGAAUAUGGUAUUCUAAGCUUAACAGAAGAUAUUUUAUAUUUCGCCUCCGAAUACCCCAACACCCUCACCGUGGGCGGCAACACCGGCACCACCAACUCCUUCACCGGCGUCGAUUUCUCCGAUCUCACCAGCGGCGUCUACAACCUGGAAUCCCUCUUCGAAGGAAACAAUCUCGCCUGCUUCCUCCUCCAAAACGCACAAUUGACCGCGCCGGACUUUUUGAAAAACGUCUUUAGCGAUAUCACGGAACCGUUGGGUAUUUUGUCGUCGACCACCGAGGGCAUUUUGGGGGAGAUUGGUGGGUGUCCCGAAUUGAGGGACGUGGAUCAGUCGAAAUUUCAGUUUUCUUCGUUUCCGGGGUCGGGGGCGACGAUUUGA